AAAUUUAAACUUGACCGACCAGAUGGCACUAUACGAAGCCAUUGAUGACAAUUCGAAUCGCAUAAGAAAAAAUCUGAUCUAUACCUGGAGACAGCAGUCUCGCAUUGAACUUUAUUCAGAGGAUUUUGAGAUGCUUAAAAACAACCGGUCAUUGUUGAACAUAUUUAUGUCCAGCAUCAGGGUGAAUGUGGAGCAAAUGAAGCUGGUGCGUGCACCAAUGGAAUUUUUGAAGAUCUGCAAAAAUUACUCUUUACCAAGAGUACAAAUAUUAUCCUACACAUUGGAUGACUCUCGUAGUCGUGUUGAGGCACAACAAAUAUUGACGAAAAUCUUUCCUGACGUGCGCUGUGUGAAGCCUGAUAAACGCAUUUGCUACUGCUCGUUGUCGAAGUGGGCGCAUUUUCGGACGCUAAUCAUUAGAGAAGAGUUCUUGUGGCGCGACCCAAACCAUUAUUGUAACCUUCGACAUUGCACGUUGAUUGAGGAUCUCAUUGCACCUGACAUCUACAUUAUGAGCCAUUCAUUUGAUGGAUUCAUGCCCUUGCCCAAGCUGCGGACCAUUACUAUUUGUGUGUCCCACAGAUAUAUAACCACGCCGCUUACCGCUCUCAAGGGUAUAGACAAAUACGGCGGUACUGAAGGCAAUACAGACAACAUAUGCGGUUUGAUGCUAGACGGAGUUUGGUGCACAUAUUCCGAUCUAUGCGGUGUGGUUAGAUCUUUAAGAAACCUUGUGCGUCUGGAUCUCGACCGCUGGAGCUGCUUAAAUGAGAGACGCCUCUGGACAAUUGUAGCCAAAAGCCCAUCGCUGGAGAUCCUGGAUAUAACAAGGAUGAAUCUUGGACGGCACUUUUUUUCAAUGAACCGACGUCUCAUGAACAGAACAAUGCGCAAUCGCCAUGCUCAUUUGACAGUCAUUUACGCUAAUAUUGGCCAAAACGAAGUGCUGAUCCGUCGUCACUUCACGCAUCCUCGCCUGAAACUUAUUUCAGGGCGCAAAAAACUAACAGGCAUCCCUGGACCCAUUAUAAAAUUGAAAUUAACUCCCAAAAUUGAUAUUGUACCCAACAUUUAA